CAUCUCCAUGGAUCGUUGUUCUCCUAGGGAUGUUCCCCCCCCUUUCGAGCUGGCUAUUCUACGGAGCAUUGUCUCAGAUUAUAAGGAGUCAUCAUACCAAUCUCUCCAGAUGCCACUACCUCCCGCCAAAAGACCAACAGGAGGACAUCGCGUCUACGAUCUACGAGCGUUGCCCCGUGUACGCCAGCCGCCGUCAUGGCGGGAAGGAAGCGCACGCCCCUCCCGUUCGAAUUCCUUCACUAUACUAUCGCUCGCAUACACGAGCCACCAUCCUUCCGACCAGUCCAGCCGGCACUUUGAGCCCUUAGGACCUAAACCAAACAUCCAACAUGUCGAGAAGCGCAUCAGAUCUUCACGAUGAUUCUCAGAGUUCUCCACAGGAUGAGACGUCCGGGAGAGCCUCUGACAUUGCCGAGGUGGAGAAGCCGCAGCACGGCUCUGUCAGGGAGACGGAAUACGUGACUGGCUUCAAGUUGGUGUUGAUUGUAGCCAGCAUGGCGCUCGCGUGUUUUCUCAUGCUUCUGGAUACGAUGAUCGUCAGUACUGCUGUACCACGCAUUACAGACACUUUCAACUCCCUUCCAGAUGUAGGAUGGUAUGCAAGCGCGUAUCAAUUUGGCAGUGCUGCACCUCAGCCCCUGACGGGGAAGAUCUAUACGCACUUCAACUCCAAGUGGACAUUCCUGUCGUUUUUCGGCAUCUUCGAGCUUGGCUCCAUCCUCUGUGGGGCAGCCGUGUCGUCAAACAUGUUGAUAGUCGGUCGUGCGAUUGCGGGAUUCGGUGCAGCAGGAAUCAUUAAUGGCGCCAUCACUAUCAUCUCGAGUUGCGCGCCCCUGGAGAGGCGCCCUGUCCUCAUUGGUAUCACAAUGGGUCUAAAUCAACUUGGACUUGUUGCUGGCCCGCUUAUAGGAGGUGCUUUUACUUCUUACACGACUUGGAGAUGGUGCUUUUAUGUCAAUCUCCCUCUAGGAGCAUUCACAGCAGCAACACUCGUCCUCGUACGAAUCCCUGAGCAAGCCAAGAAGGAGCGUGCGGCUGCUGUCCUGUCCAAGCUGCACCAUUAUCUUGAUUUGAUCGGAUUUCUCCUUUUCGCCCCUGCUGUGCUGAUGCUUCUUCUUGCUCUUCAGUAUGGCGGUAAUCAGUACCCCUGGAGCUCAUCUCGCGUCAUCGGCCUAUUCUGUGGAUCCGGCGUGACCUUUAUAGUAUGGCUAUUCUGGAAUCGCCAUAAGGGCGACGAUGCGCUGAUUCCUUGGUACAUGAUCAGGCAGACCGUCGUCUGGUCGUCGGGGCUCUUCCAAGCGCUCGUGAUGUCUGCUGUGUAUGGAGCAACGUUCUAUUUGCCUCUAUAUUUCCAGGCCAUUAACAAUGCCACACCGGUCCUAAGCGGCGUGUAUCUUCUCCCUAUGAUUCUCCCACAGCUCUUCGCUGCUGGCCUAUCUGGAGGUCUAAUCCAAAAAUUUGGAUAUGUCAUUCCACUAGCAAUUGUUGGUACAAUCCUUCUCACCGUAGGCAGCGGUUUGUAUUCGCUUCUACAGCCAUCUAGUCCGACUGGAUGGUGGGUUGGCUUCCAGAUACUCGCCGGCUUUGGCUCUGGACUGACCAUGCAGCUGGCUAUCCUCACAGUGCAAGCCGUAAUCGGGGAGAGAGAUCUCUCGACCGGCAUGGCAAUCAUCAUCUUCGCACAGUCCAUCGGACCAGCCAUAUUCCUGGUGAUUUUCAACGUCCUUUUCCUGGCUAGCCUGAACGGCCAGCUCCGAGAAUAUGCGCCGGGCGCUGAUGCGGCAGCGAUCGUGCGCGCCGGAGCCACGGGAUUCCGCAGGUUCGUUGCAACAGAAGAUUUGGCUGGUGUGCUGGUUGCAUAUUCCAACAGCGUCGACCGUGUGUUCUACCUUGUUGCUGGGGUUGCUGCGGCUUGCUCUCUUGUGCUCUGGGGAAUGGGAUGGCGUGAUCUGAGGAAGCCAGAGGAGAAGCCGAAAGAGUCUGAAGGGCAAGUUAUUUAGAAGUCUUGUUAGUGACGUUGAGCGAGCGUGCGAUUAGUGUUGAUGUAAUAGCUUAUUUUCGGUUAUGAUAUCCCAAAUGCAAUCAAUUUACUGUGAUAGAAAC